UUUACCCUCGCCGCGCAGUCUUGUGGCGUCAAAGUCCUCGAGUCUAAGGAGGAUAACAGCACAGUUUAUGAGGUGCAGUUAUACAUUCAGUUCGACCGAUGGGUGCAGCAGGUGAUUGAUGAGCAGGUGCCCAUCAGGUGUAAGCUGCCUCACACUGAAGGCCACCUACACCCUCAGGACUGGAAGACUGGCAUCUCAAAAUAUGAAACAAAGGACGGAUUAAAGCUCUUGAAAAAGAGCAUAAAGCUUGACGCCUAUGAAGCUGUUUCCAAGCCAACAACGAUUCCACCCAAGUUCAUUUUUAAAGACUACGAUAACAGCGUCAUCAUCCAAACAAAUAACGACGAAGACAUGCAUAAAGUAUCCCGUAAUAAUUCCAAGGGAGAAGACUUUGAUUUCGAUAAGUUGUCUGAAAUAACGAAGGAUGUAAGCCACAGAGAAAAGCUCGUCCAAAGUCAGAGCAGCCGACAGUCCCCGAACGCGGUAGUGUCUGAGAUCAAAAUAAGUAACUCCCCAAACAGCGAAGAAACUCAGGCUAUGGUGGCUUCCACCCUAUUGACUGUUUCCUCCAGAGUCAGGGAUCGACUCAUGAAGGGAAAAAAUAGCUUUGAUGAUGCGGCAGCGCAACCAACCGGCAACUCACAAAAUAACAUGGUUGCCCCACGCGACGACGUGGCCCAAGUUAAAAAUUUAUCGUUCGUUGACGAGGGCAGAAACAGUAAAAAUGAUGAGAUUAAAGAACGUCAAAAACUGUUUAAAAACGAGGCGUCGUCCACAGAUGAAACUCAACGCAUUCUGAAACACAUUCUGUCACAAACAAAUAGUGGAAAGAAAUCUGGAAAAAUUUUGAGCAAGAGUUCGGAAAAGAGUGAUGGGAACGAAGUUGAAAUGAUUGACGAAAACGAAGACUCACCGAACGGGAUAGAAAACUGGAAAUCUCUGACCGAUUAUCUUGACUUGGACUUAUGGCAUGCUGUUUCAGGACUGGAGCAGGAGCCAGUGUCGGUGUGGCUUGAGAUCCUUCGUGGUGAAGGAACUGAGGGCAGCGCUGCGGUGACAGGGCUGCAGGUGGGGGACGACGCGACGUUGGUGGUGGGGACCCGCACGUCCCCGGGGCUGACGAGCCUCGUGACGGAGUGCCGUGCACACGACGGUGCUGGGGGAGCACGGCAGGACCUCACUGACUCCAGGGGCUGUGCCGUCGACCCCGCCAUCAUGCCUCAUUUUUAUGAAACCUUUACUAAUUAUAAAUAUUCCCAACUCCACCUCACGUGUACCGUGCUCGUGUGUCUCGGCACGUGCCCCACGUCCAACUGCGACAUGUUGGUGGGGAGAGAGAAGACUCCCCUCAAGAAGCGCCUGGGGAGACGAGGACGAAAGAUGGGGGAGGUCGUCGGUGUUGGGGAGUAUGAACCCACAGACGUCCUCGUUAGGGAGGCCUUCGGGGUGAAGCAACCCCGGGGUGGUCUUGCGCUAUCCAUCGGCCUUCAACUUGACGAAUUGGACUCAGAAAAUUCCACACACGAAAUUACCAACUCAACCUCCAGCGGCGUAGCUGCAGUUAAUGAUAUAAGAAUGCAUUCAAGUGAAAUACUAACAUCAAAUGCCACAAACCUUACAAACAUCACUAACAUCAGUCAAUCACAAACAUCAAUCGGAGAAGUUCUACCGACUGAUGCUAAGACAAAACUUGAACCAAAAACCCGAAAGGACGGGAGGAAGAUCCAGAAGUCGUUUGGCAUGAUCGUGGACAGGAUCGAAGUAUUCAACUCAGUUGAAGUGACGGGUCCUGGAAUAGAAAAUGAGCCCAAGAAACUCGUGAAGCAAUACAGGCUGCAAGCGGACGAGACCGUCGGCAAGGACGAACUGCUCGGCGGAGACAUGUUCUGCAUCGCAUCUCAGAAGCUGGUGGCAGCGUUCGGCAUCCUGCUUGCAGUGUUGGUGGGGGCCUUGCUGUUCGCCCUCUACACAUGUGUCAGGCGCAAGCUCCUCCACAUCAACAGACCCAAGACUCCCCUAGGGCUGGCACGAGGGUACGAGCGUUCCAUAACCCAGUCCCCGACAGUGGGGUUCAGCCCUCAGUUCCCCAAGGGUCAUUUCCAGCAAUCCCCGGCCGCUAUCAUCGCUACAAGGAAUUACUAUCGCUGCCACCGCUAGGCUUUUGAUGGGUAAAUAAUACAAGUUU